UACAGAAUGUAGUUCCAAGGUGAAGGUGAAUGGCUGAGAUCUUUGUUUGACCAGGGUCCUAGAACGUAGGAGCCCUAUAGCCGUGAUGAUCCACACUAUCUUUUGCAAAAGAUGAAUUAUAAGCUCCAGAUAGCAUUGUUGUUGAUGUUAAUGUGGUGGUGGUGGUGGUGUUCUUGUGUUUGCAUUUGUAGUGCCAAACUUGACCGAGAUUUGGUGUUAGUUUGAGUAGACUAGGUUGAGGUGUGGAUAGUAUGUUGAGCGUCAAAUAUUGCAUCGCAGGGGCGCUGCGUAUCAGCAACGAAUGUAAAGGAAAAUUAGAAUUGGGAACAUGGGGAAGGAGGAGAGCAGAGAGAUUAAAGGUGAUCAGAGCCGUGAGCAGCAACGGGCACGGAGGGAGUUCUAGCUAUGGUGAUGGAGUGAAUAGUGCGGCGGUGGGUUCAGGGUCGACUGAGCGCGACAGGCAGAUGCAAUUUUUGGCGGAGGAGAGGAAGAGGCGAGAAAUGGAGGAAGGGAAUGAGAACGAUGGCAACUAUCCUGAAUGGGCAACGAAUGUAGAAGAUUCUGCCCGGGACGACGAAGAGCUUCAGGAAAUCAUGGGAGAUGCUCUUGAAGAUCCAGAAGCGAUGAAACGAAGAGUGGAAAAUAGAGUUCAAAGGAAGAGCCGGGAUAUUCUUGAAUCAAAGAAAGGAUCUGUUAAUCCAAUGGCUGUAUCUUUCCGCGAUUUUGAUGCUUUGGAUAGUCAUAUUUGGCUGGAGUUUUACACCCGUCCAACAGACAAAGAUGUUGAAUUGAUUGGAAGUAUAUUCCGGUCAUGGUUUGUGUUAGGCCGACUUGGUGGUUUCAACGCCAUGAACAUGCAGCUCACAAGUUCGGCUCCAAACGCUCCUUUAAGCUACAGCCAAGAGAAAGCGAAAGAGGCGCAAGAAAUCGGUGACACCUUCUUCCAUAACAUCGGUGACGUUGAGUUUCAAGACAACUGGGCACGUUUAUGGGUGGACCUGGGUACAUCCGACCCUGUCUCUUUGGAUAUGCUUAUAAAUACGUUAGCUAACCUCAGUUCCGACCAUGUGGGUAUCAAGCAAUUAGUGUUCGGGGGUAAAAAUCUAGGUGACUGGGACGAAGACUUGAUCACCGAGGAAGCAGGGUAUAGAUCAUACAAAAUAUGAUCGCAGGCAUCCUAGAUUCGAAAUUAUUACAAUGUGCACUGGUAAGUGAAGACUCUGGUGAGCUGCAUUUGCUCUACCAUGUACAGCUAAGAUGGCUUAUCGUUUCGUAUUUGUGCUGCUGGAAUGAGGAACAUCCUACAAUAGUAGUGCAAAAGAGUCAAAUGUACUGAAAUUGUUGUCAGGACGUGACUUGCUCGAAAUGUGCACCAAAUUGACUGCUUGUCGACCUGAUCACAUGUAGCAAAGAGGGGAAUUAGAAAAUUUUAAGUAGACAGGCAUGAGGCAGUUCAGAUCGACUGCAUUGAGGAUGAAACAAGAGGGUAUUGGAAGAGAAAAUUGCUAUUAUGCAGCAGAUGAGCUGUGUACAGUGGGAGAAAAAUCUCCCUCAAUUUUUCUUAUAACUACCUUGUUGUGAUUUUUUCCAAAGUAACUGCUAAAGAGAAUUUGCGGCGUUGUGCUCACUGUUACUUAA